AUGGCUGAGCCCAAGAUGCGCCCUGAUGAUCCCGUUCUCAAACUUUUCAACCAAAAAGAAUCCGCCCUGACUGUCAAACUCAAAUCCUCUUCACGUCCAGCUCCCAAGAAGACUGUUAACUGGAAGGAGCGAGCUAACGUGCUCGAAUCACUUGAUGAGAAACCCAUUUCAUCCCCUGCCGAUGCCAGGUCCCCAGGAACUCUCGUCACGCAGCUGGAUGAUAAAGAUAUAUCGGCGUUCCCGACAGGACGGCCGCUCCACGAUGAGCCUCAUUAUACCGUCUGCAAGCGCUGCACAAAACCAGUCCUUAGGUCUGCCGCCGUGGCACAUAUCAAAGCCUGCCAGAAAGCAAAAGUGAAAGAGAGAAAGAAGCUGAAGGAUGAGAAGGCUGCCGCGAAGGAUAGGGGCCCCACAGCGGAGACAAACGGGGAUGCUAACGGCGACGGGGAUGACAAGAAAAAAGGUGCAAAGAAGAUGAUGAAGAAGGAUGGUGAUGGUACUAAAUCCAAAAAACGAAAGGCAGAUGAACCAAAACCCCCCAAGGAACCCAAAGCAAAGAAGAAGAAGGAAAAGCCUGCCAAACCCGACCCAAAACCAAAAGCCCCCGUUGACGUGGAGAAGCAAUGCGGAGUCCCACUUGCCCAUGGCGCCCUCUGUGCCCGUUCACUGACCUGCAAGUCUCACUCAAUGGGAGCUAAGCGCGGGGUCCUCGGCCGUUCUCAGCCAUACGACAUUCUCUUAGCGGCUUACCAAAAGAAGAACCAUGCGAAGCAACAAAAGGCAGCAAUCAAUGCGGGAGCUCCACCACCUGACGAAAUUGAGGCCAACAACAUGCUAAUUGACUCCGACGAAGAAACUGAGUUAGUCAUGGCGGCGGUAACUCGCUCGAUGCCACAACCGCUGGAACGACAUAUUCUUGUCCCUGUGCGGAAGAAGUACCAGUAUGUCCGCAUGAAGGAGAUGUUAGCCAGUGCUCUCAAGCCACUCGGCAGACCGAUGUUUGAUGGGGCCAAUACAGGAUCGUUAUUCGAUACCUCUAUAGCGAACCCUACCGCCCGAGCAAUGCCGGGGGCCCAACAAGGGAGGCAGUAUCCACAUGUCCCUCAGUCUCGGAAGGGCUCGCUACAAGUGCCAGGAUGAGAUCGGUACUAAUGAAAUAUGGUUUACCGGGGUUCUCUUGUUUUCGUCUCUUAGGUACUUAGUCAUCGGGUUGGUGAUUUAUGGGCGUUAGAUGGUGAAUUACUUUUGUACAACUACUUCUACUACUACUGCUACUGCUGCUACAACUUCCUCUACUACCACUACUACA